AUGUCCAACACGCAACAGACGCAGGCGUUCUAUUCGCUGACGCUGGAGCCACCCUCUGCGGUGACGGCCGCCGUCACUUGCAACGCCAUACCCGGUCUGAAGACAGCCGAUCAGCAGAUUUUCGAGGCGCGCGGCCAGCGCAUCUAUCUGCACCGCAUUGUCGAGAAUGAAGAUCGAACCGUCAUCAAGCUGUCGACUGUGGUGGAGCAGGACGUUUUCGGCAUCGUUCGUGGCGUCGCUGCAUUCCGCAUCCCAGGCACCCCCAUAGAUCAACUCAUAGUCUCUUCAGACUCCGGCAGGAUAGCCUUGCUGAACUAUGACUCGGCCAAGAAUGCAUUUAAGCGCGUGCAUCUCGAGACCUUUGGUAAGUCUGGCAUACGCCGCACGAUUCCCGGUCAGUAUCUCGCAAACGAUCCGCGCGGGAGAUGUUGCAUGCUUGCAAGCGUGGAGAAGAACAAAGUGGUCUAUAUAGUCAACCGCAACGCCGAAGCCGAGGUCGUCAUCUCGAGUCCGCAUGAAGCGAACCAGUGGGCGAGCCUCUGUUUCGGCAUCUGCGCGCUUGAUACAGGCUGGGAGCAUCCCAUCUUCGCUGCGCUCGAGGUUGACUACAACGAAGCGGAGAGCGAUCCCUCGGGCGCCAUGUACGAGCAGCGGGAGAAGCAGCUGGUCUACUACACCGUGGAUCUGGGUCUGAACCAUGUGGUGAAAAGCUGGACGGAUGCUGUCGACUACACCGCAAACAUUAUGUUCGGCGUUCCCGGCGGGCAAGACGGUCCAUCGGGUGUGCUAGUGUGUUGCGAAGACAGGAUCUACUACCGCCAUGACAAGACCAGCCCGUUAUGUAUACCGAUUCCGCGCCGGAAAGGUCCGACGGAGGAUCCGAACAGAAAGCGCAUCAUCGUCUCCGGCUGCCUGCACCUGCAGAAAUCACGGCACGAGUUCUUCUUUUUGUUGCAGACCGAGGAUGGAGAUGUCUUUAAAUUCACGAUGGAGAUGGCGAAGGACGCCCAGGACCGGCCUACCAUGGAGCCCGUCCGCUUGCACAUGAAGUAUUAUGACACGUAUCCACCCGCCAAGCAGAUGUUGCUCAUCCGGAAAGGAUACAUCUACGUCGCCGCGGAGAACGGUAACAGCAAGCUCUACCAUGUCAAUGACCUUGCCGAAGACCCGGAGGUCGAGCCGCACAACAACUUCACGUCGGAUGGCGUCUCAUCAGAUCCAGCCGCCACAUAUGAGCCCACCUACUUCACACCCCGCGGUCUCACUUUCACUUCACUGGCUUACGAUGUGCCGGGCCUCAACCCACUCAUGCGAACCAAAGUCGACAACCUGACUGGCGAAGACGCACCACAGAUCUACGCCAUCCAGGGCACGGGUAACAGCAGCGUCCUCAAAACGAUGCGCCACGGCCUUGAGAUCAACGAGAUCGUCAGCAGUCCUCUGGGUAACCUGCAGUAUGACAAUCUUUGGUCAUUGAAGCACCGAGCGGUCGAUGACUACCACUCUUACCUCCUGCUUAGCUCCGGCUACGGCGACAAGACUAUCGUACUCUCCAUAGGUGACGAGGUAGAGACGAUGGAGAAUUCGCCUUUUCUCACAAAUCGUGCCACCAUCACCGCCAAUCAGAUGGGCGAUGCUACGCUUGUCCAAGUCCACGCCCGUGGUAUUCUCUCCGUGCUUGAGAGCGGUGCGCUCAAUGAGUGGCCUGCUCCCGCACACCGCACCAUCGUUGCUGCUUCUUCGAAUGACCGUCAGCUCUUACUCGGCUUGAGCUCGUCAGAGUUGGCCUUUUUCUUCAUGGGCGACGAUGGCGUGCUCAACCAGCUGGAAGAGAUGCCGGAGAUGAGCGGCAAGAUCACAGCUCUAUCGGUCGGCCAGACUCCACGCGGACAACAGCAAGCAAAGUAUGCAGUCGUUGGCUGCGACGACUGCACCAUCCGCGUCUACUCCAUCGAGCUGGAGACAGCGCUCGAGCCGCGCUCUGUGCAGGCGCUGUCGGCUGUUCCGACAUCCAUCGAAGUGGUCGAGAUGCUCGAUCCGAGCUCGAACGUGCUCGUAAACUACGUGCACAUCGGGCUUCAGUCAGGUCUGUAUCUACGAGCAGUUAUCGACGAUGUUACUGGCGAGCUAGGCGAAGUGCGAACAAGGUUUCUGGGCGCGCGGCCAACGCGCAUCUUCCCAGUCGAGAUUGCGGAGGAGCAAGGAAUCGUCGCCAGCUCGUCAAGACCCUGGCUCGGCUAUAACAACAAGGGCACCUACACCCUGACACCGCUUGUCACGGGGCAGGUGGAGGCAGCACGACCAUUCGUUACGGAGCACCUGCGCGGUUUCUGUGCAGUGCAAGGGCAGAGUCUGCUCAUCUUCACACUACCAACCACCGACGGUAGACUCUCAUCGUCGGAAGUCGGGCUAAAAUAUACACCGAGAGCCAUGACGAGGCACCCGUACAGCCCGGUGUGGUACGUGGCGCAGUCCGACGGCAACACUCUUGCGCAAGGUACAAAAGACCAGCUACUGUCGGCGGACGGAGCGAUGAACGGCGUGGACGAAGAUGUGUCGAAGCAACUGGGCCUGUCACGCUCAGCCGGACAUUGGGCUUCCUGCAUCCAAGCGGUAGAUCCAAUCUUCGCAAAGGCUGCCACACACACGAUCGAGUUUACGGACAACGAGGCAGCGCUUUGUUGCGCCGCCGUACCGUUCGAAAGCAAGAACUGGGAAGUCUAUCUUGCGGUAGGAACUGGCCAGCAUCUCCGCCCUGGCGUCUCUGCCAAAGGACAGGCGCCGAGGGGCUAUGUGCACAUCUACAAGCUGCUCGAGGAUGGGCGGAAUAUGGAGCUAGUGCACAAGACGCCCUUCGACGCCCCCAUCUACGCCGUACACGCAUUCCAAGGCCGGCUCGCUCUUGGUGUCGGUGCGGAUCUCUUCCUCUACGACGUCGGCCUGAAGUCACUGCUUCGCAAAUCCCGCGGCACCGUAGUGGCGAACACCAUCACCUCGAUCGACAGCCGCGGCAACCGGCUCAUCUGCGCCGACGUAUCCGAAUCCAUAACCUACGUCGUCUUCAAGCCCAAGCACAACCGCAUGAUCGGUUUCGUGGACGAUGUGAUCCAACGCUGGACCACCACCGCGGCCAUGAUCGACUACGAAACCAGCGCGGGGGGCGACAAAUUCGGCAAUUUGUGGGUGGUGCGGUGUCCGGAGCAAGCGAGCAAAGAAAGCGACGAGGAAGGGCUCGGUGGUUACAUUGUCAACGAGCGGAGUUAUCUGGGCGGCGCACCGUAUCGCCUCGAACUGCGGAGUCACUUCUUCACGCAAGACAUUCCCAUGUCCAUCCAGCGCACGGCGCUCGUGGCCGGCGGGCAGGAAGUCCUAUUCUGGUCCGGCUUGCAAGGUACGCUGGGCAUGCUGGUACCCUUCGUUUCACGCGAGGACGUGGAGUUCUUCACGCAACUGGAGACGCUCAUUCGAGCGGAGGAGCCGCCGUUGGCGGGGAGGGAUCACUUGAUGUAUCGGAGUUAUUACGUCCCCGUCAAGGGCGUGAUCGAUGGCGAUCUGUGCGAGCGGUUCAUGAAGUUGAGCUUUGACGGGAAGCAGAAGAUUGCGGCGGAGGUGGAGCGGGAGGUCAAGGAGGUGGAGCGCAAGGUGCAGGAGAUGCGGACGAGGGUCGCUUUUUGA